AUGGAUCAACUGUAUACAUUUGAUUCGCCUUCGAUGACGAGUCAUUCCCCAAUGAUUAACUAUAGAAAAGAUGCUAAAAAGGGGGUUAAAUUCACAUUUAUGGUAGUCGGAGAAAUGGGUACAGGAAAAACAACAUUUGUCAAUAGUUUGUUGAAUAAGAAGGUAAUGUCACAUCGUUAUGAGGAAAAUAAUGGACAGCAAUAUGAUACCAAGACAUUGUCGUUUACGUCGGCAAAGUCCAUUGCAUUGCCAAAUACAGCGGUGUUGACAAGAAACGAUUUCAACCCUUCAACUGCUAACGAAGAGCCGGGGAUCGCGUUGACAGAGACGAAGGUCGAGAUGGUCGACGAUGACAACAUGAAAUUGUACUUGAACAUCAUUGACACGCCUGGGUUUGGAGAAAAUUUGAAUAAUGAAAUAUGUUUUGUCGAGAUCGAGAACUAUUUGAAGCAGCAGUUUGAUUUGGUAUUGGCAGAAGAAACAAGAAUCAGAAGAAACCCAAGGUUCGUAGACACAAGGGUCCACGUAAUGCUUUACUUUAUUACUGCCACUGGGCACGGGUUGAGAGAAAUUGACAUAAACUGUAUGAAAAGGUUAUCCAAAUAUGUCAAUAUUUUGCCAGUUAUAAGUAAGGCUGAUACGUUCACUGAGACCGAAUUAAGACACUUCAAACAACAGGUUAAGAUCGAUAUUGAAAAAUUCAACGUUCCUAUUUUCCAAUUCGAUAAUUCCUUAUCUGAAUACGACGAAGAAGAUGACUAUGAAUUGAUCCAAGAAUGCAAGUAUUUGUCGUCAUUACAACCUUUUGCUAUAAUAUCAUCCGAAGAUGAGUACGAAAUCACAGAUCCUAGAACCGGAGAAUCGAAAAUUACAAAGGCCAGACAGUACCCAUGGGGCUUGGUAGAUAUAAAUAACCCAAAAUACAGUGAUUUUGGAACCUUGAAAUCAGUCCUUUUGGGAACACACUUACAAGACUUUAAGGACUUGACUCACGAUUUCCUUUAUGAAACGUAUAGGACUGAAAGAUUAUCUAAGGUCACAGGAAGAAUUGACGACGAAGACGAUGACCGAGAAUUCCAUGAAAGUUACGAAGAACAACCUUAUGAAGACUCUUUCUUGAAGGAUACUACUACUAUUCCAUCAUUAUCCAAUUUGGCUCAAUUAACUUCUUCUAAUCCAUUACAUGGCUUUGGUGAUGACCAUUCCAUUACUUCUACUUCUUCUUCGAAGGCUAAUAAUAAAUCCAUGUUAUUGGAUGGAACGGAACCAUCUAGUGGAAUGCCAUCACCUAAAUUAAGAGACAAUGCAUCCACAUCGUCGAGAUCAACCAUAUCCGUCGAAAAUGGCCACCAAACCAGAAACUUGAACUCGAAUAAUGCUGCUUUCAAGAGAUUGUCUAUAGCACCACAACGUAACCAAUUAAGACAAAUCUCUGAAACUGUCCCAUACGUUAUAAGACACGAAAGAAUCUUAGAAAGACAACAGAAAUUAGAGGAAAUGGAAAUGGCUAGUGCAAAGGAAUUAUCGUCCAGAGCCGCAUUAUUAGAACAAAAAGCUGCUGCCUUGAAGGCGAAAGAAAGAUUAAUGAUGAAGAAAUCGGAAACCGAAAGGUUAAGACAUGUAGGUGGUGAUUCCAGCGAUGCUGUUUCUCAAAGAUCUCAACAAUAUCACUACGACAAUGAAGAUGACUUAAAUAACAGCGAAGCAAACUAUUCUGUUAUUCAGAAAGAAGAAACCUUGACUGAUUUACAUUCAAUUGUAAGUCAAAAAUAG